UCCUAAAUCCUCUUGCUGCCCUUCAGCUGCCACCCCUCUCCCUCACCCCUCACCCCUCACCCCUCACUCACGCAUGCACACACUCCCUCUUCACACAACACACACGGGCAAUUUUUCCCCCCACCCACGCCGAGAGAGAAGAGAAGAACAGAGGAGGGAGAAGCUGCCCAGCCGCGGUCGCCGUCCAUGGAGCUGUGAGGAGCGCCGCUGCUGUCGCGCGCCAGAGGAGAGGAAGAGAGAUCGGGAAGAGAAAAAAGGACAGGGGGAGAAGGAAGCACGCGACGGAGAAGGGGGCGCUGCUUGCGCAGCUACACCUCGUCGUCGUCGCUGUUGGGGCUGCUGCGGGGUGUGCCGUCGCCGUCGAACUUGGUGGAGGAGAGAGGAACGCCAUGGUCAGAGAGAAGAAGGAGGUGCUGCCCGCACCGCCGUUCAUACCUGUCAUUUCUCGAGCUCACCGUCGCUGCGUCUUCAAGGAAAGGGUCUCUCUGGAAGAACUUCCUUCCGCCAUUUCCUCCUUGACUCACCUCACUGACAUGGCCAACCUCUUUAGUCUUCAAGUCUGGGCAGGUUUUGGAGAGAGAUCUCGUGAUGGGAACAAAUUUGUUGUGGCUGAGAGACCUGUAAAGCAGGUUCGACGAAAUUUCUGCACUGAAACAGAAGAUGAUAUCGUUGAAGAACGUUCUCUAUCAAACUUUGCUGGGGCAGAGAACGAAGAUCAAAGGGUUCUUGUCCCUUAUUUGGGGUCUUUACCCAGUGUUUAUGAUAGAGCACGGGAAUUGUUUUCUAUUAUUUAAAAGGUGGGCAAGUUGAUUAUGGUGAAGAACACAGCAAAACUUGCGGACACUCACAGUUUGGACGAAUCUACGAAACAGGGCAUUACCCAGACUGGGACGAGGAACAUCCUAUUCACUUUGUUGGGCAUUCAGGUGGAGCACAAGUUGUGUGUGUCUUGCAACAAAUGCUUGCUGAUAAGCUUGUUGCUCCUAAUCCAUGGGUUGUGUUACAUGUGAUAUAUGGUUAAUAUAUUCUGCAUUUCUUUUUUAAUAUUAUUAUUUCCAAGCAUUUAAGGGUUAUGGAAACACCUCUGAGAACUGGGUAUUAAGCAUCACUUCACUAUCAGGAACGUUUAACGGGACCACCAGAGCUUACAUGGAUGGCAUGGAGUGCUGAGCUUUCAAAUGAUAAAGUGGCUGAAACAAAAGUUCUCGAGCGUUGAGAAAGAAGAAUAGCAAUACCAGAAACAAUCUAUCCUAGCAGAGUCUAAGUUGUAUUGCUCUCACGUCUGUAGAAUAAUUCUGUUAAUAGUGUCUAUUUAGUGUUAGUGUAUAUAUCACUGUAUAAAACUAAGAUUGAGACAAGUGUAUUCAUUCAACUAUAUUGAUAUGUUAGCUGGUU